AUGACCGAGUAUCCAAUGUAUUCAUCAACUCAAAACCAAGAUGUCAAUUUGGAGAUCGAAGGUGGCCAGAUGGUCUCCGAAGACCGUUGGGAAGCUUGUUGGGGCGCCUUUGCCAAUGUUAAGGUCCGCUCGCUAGUUGUUGAGAUUCACGAUUAUCGUGAGAGGUUGCCAGAGCAGCAGUUGUUGCAACCGUUACAGAGAGUAAGGGCAGAUAGGUUGGAGGUUGUUCUGCCAUGGCCGGAAGGUUUAGCAACCACUGGAGAUUUCCGGAAUGCGGGAUUUGCUGUCAGGAGACACCCAGAAGGAGUUAAUCUAAUGAUAUAUAAUGAUGUCGACAAACUUAGCGAGUAUGUUCAUAGAACCCCACGUUGGUGGCAAAGUCGGUGGUGAGAGCAUUCAUAGGGAGGUUCUAGACCUGGAAUUCUGUAAUGAUAAAGGCCAGAUUGCAGAUUCAAUGUAAUCUUUCUCUCACGAAAAGCUAGACGGGUGCUAAACACAGUUUCUAAGUAAAUAAUGAUAUUUUUAAAUUAGAGCUUUUAUCGAUACUGCAUCACCUGCAGGAAUUGCGUCGACUCUUAAAGUAUCAUUUGCUUUAGGCUACUCCACACACGCAGACUCCUACAAUCCUUCUUAUUUCCAAGCAAGCCUCCUCGACAUCUUAUUGCUGCUGAAGUUAUAA